UCGAAAACUGCAAUAUAUCUGUCGUCAUAUCUAAGCGACGACACGUCUUCAGAUUGCACCAUGGCGGAAUCCGAGCCAAAGAAGGUGAUCAAGUUGGUCCCUGAGUAUCUACUGAAGAAGAGAAAAUCAUACCAGGCCAUCAAAGCCACACAAGCCAAGCUUGCACUGCUCGAGAAGAGAAAAGUAUCAAAAGGCAAGCCUUUGAAAUUCAAACGUCUGGAAGACUUCUUGAAAGACAGCCACAGGAAGCAUCGCGAUGAAACUCGCAUCCAAAGAAUGGAGCACAGGCCGCCUGCCUCUCUGCCCCCUGAGAAGAAUAAGCUGGCCUUUGCUGUCCGCAUCAGAGAGAUUAAAGGAGUCAGUCCCAAAGUCAUGAAGGUUAUCCACAUGUUUAGGCUGAGGAAGAUCUUCAGCGGAUCCUUUAUCAAAAUCAACAAGACCUCGGUGGCCAUGUUGAAGAUGGUGGAGCCCUACGUGGCCUGGGGAUUUCCAAACUUGAAGUCUGUUCGUGAGCUCAUUCUGAAGAGAGGACAGACGAGGGUUGCCAGGAAGAAGGUUCCUCUCACAGACAACACCUUCAUUGAGCAGCACAUAGGUAAACAUGGCAUCAUCUGUUUGGAGGACCUGAUCCACGAGAUCUACUCGGUCGGUAAAAACUUCCGGCCCGUAAACAACUUCCUGUUGCCCUUCAAGCUGUCAGUGGCUCGUCACGCCGCCAGGGACAAGGCUGGUAUCCUGAAGGACCUGGGAAACCCCGGGUUCCGCGGUACGGACAUUAAUGCCAUCAUCAGACAGCUGAACUGAGGAGGGAACGCCUGCAAGACGGAUACUCACCUACAACAGAAACAGGACGCUGUGCUCUGAGGAGCAAAUACCACCAACAACGACCUGGUUUUUUUUGUCUCCUUGGCAGAGAAGGUCAUGGGUUUCACCCCGGUUGUCACUGGACACUUGAAGAUGACAGAAAAGUGUGGUGUUUUUUAAUCUUACCCAUGUUCUUAUUUGUUGAACUGUUUAAAGGGUGUCCUUGACGAUGGUGUGAUGGUGCAGUUAUGCUCCUUUGUGAUAAAAAAUGUAACAAUAUUGUACAUUAAAGACAUGUUAGUAGCUACAGCGUUCCUCAUGUUGUCAGAGGAUUAGCACCUACACCUGCUCUGUAUUAUAAGUAGAGGGGGCUGAAUAAUGAGGGUGUGUUAACUUCACGCAAGUCAUAUUACAGCUAUUGUAUUCAACAGAUUUCAGUGUGGAAAGAUCAGUUUAACACAGAGUAAUUUAUCCGUUGAGUUGUAAUUUACUGUUCAUACACUUGUUUUUUACAAUAAAAAUAACUAAAUGCUUCAGUA